AUGGCAAGCUCCAAGAGGAGACUACUCCCAGCGCUGCUCAAACCUACCCUCUAUGAGAUAUGCUUGGAACCUGAAUUCAAAGCAGAUUCGUUCAAUGGGGUCGCCACCAUCUACUGCACCGUAGUCAGCCACACGUCAUCUAUCAGGCUACACUGCACGUUCAUCACCAUUUCAGCAGCCACAGUGGAUUAUCAGGGCUCUACGAUGGCGAUCGACCUCGAUUCUUUACGUUAUGACAAGAACGACGAGACCGUAGAGCUCAGCGUAGGUGAAGAGCUUCGUCCUCUGGAAGAGGUCAAGAUCAGUCUCACAUACACUGGGAAGUUCAAGAGAGACCUAGAGGGCCUCUACCAAUCCACAUACACCGCAAACGAGUCCGACUAUUGCAUUGCGACGACACACAUGGAGCCCACGUAUGCCAGACAGGCCGAGUUUCGCAUGUCUGCUGUCGUCGACCUCUCAUUUUUGUGCGUCUCCAACAUGCCAGUCAAGCAUUCGUUCCUGCUGCCGCAGUCCAAAAAACUGGUGGUCUUCGAAAAGACCCCCCGGAUGUCUACUUAUCUAGUUGCCUUGGUGACCGGUCCACUCGCCCAAAAAGAAGCGGCGUUUGCUUUGGACCUGGCAGCCAAGGGCUUGAAGCUCUUCGAGAAUAUGUUCGAAAUCCCGUUCCCGCUGCCGAAGCUGGACCUGGCGGCCGUUCCCGACUUUUCCGGAGGCGCCAUGGAGAACUGGGGCCUAAUCCUCUCCAGGAAAAAUUGCUUACUGCUGGACCCCGAGCACAGCUCGAUCGAGAAGGAAAAGGAUGUCGCAGAGACUGUUCUCCACGAGCUCGCACACAUGUGGUUUGGUAACCUGGUUACCAUGAAAUAUUGGGAUGGUUUGUGGUUGAAAGAGGGCUUCGCAACGCUCAUGUCGUGCUCCCUACAACAGGCGCUUGAACUCGAUUCCCUCAACGGAAGUCACCCGGUGGAGAUGGAAAUACAAGACGCUGCCCAAGCAAAACAGGUUUUUGAUGAUAUAUCCUAUGGAAAAGGCUGCGCGAUACUCAUGAUGCUGUUCAUCGACCUGGGGCCAGACAAAUUUUUGAAGGGAAUCAAGUUAUACCUUCGACGAUACGCGUACGACACCACCACUUCGGAAGAUCUCUGGGCUUCAUUGGAAGAGGCUACGGCCGAGCCCAUCCGCGAGAGGAUGCUGACUUGGACAAAGAAGCCUGGAUAUCCAGUGGUUACUGUAACCGAAGUCAUUGAUAAAGAGUCUCAGAGAGUUGUAGCCCUACACAUUCUCCAGAACAGAUUCCUAUCCAGUCCUGACAGGGACGUGGUGGGUAAAGCCUCGGAUGAUGUGUAUGACCUUCGUCUCGGGAUCCGGAUUGACAGCGGUAUCCGGAUGGUCAGAUUCAACACCAAAGAGAUGACUAUCGACAUUUCGGAAACAAGCUUCAUAAAAGUCAACGCAGAUCAUACCGCCUUCUGCCGCAUUUCGUACUCGACAAGCCAUCUGAAGAAGCUGAUCAAGGCAGCAGCAGGUAACAAGCUCACAUUGCGAGACUCUAUCGGGCUUUCCCGUGAUAUAGAGGCACUAGUCGCUGCGGGAAUCAACAGGACCAGCGAUCUCCUGGACUUGUCGCUUGGUCUGAUGCCUCGGAAGGAAUACCUCGUCUGGGAGAUCAUUCAUCGUAAUCUGCAAGCUGUUGGAUCAGCUUUCAAGUUCCACGACGCCUCGAUAACCAAUGGACUAAGGAAAGCUGUCACCGACAUCGUUGGACCGAAAUCUCACGAGCUGGGUUAG